AUGAAAGUGUUACUCACUGGCGGCAGUGGCUUCGUUGCCGUGCAUUGCGUUGAUCUGUUGUUGCAACACGGGCACGAGGUGGUAGCUACUGUAAGAUCCGAUGAAAAGGGUCACUAUCUUCAAGAACUUUUCAAGGGGAAGCCUCUAUCGUACGUCAUUGUCAAGGAUAUCGCAGCAGAAGGCGCCUUCGACGAGGCUGUCCAGACAGAGCCACCCUUCGAGGCUGUGGUACACACGGCAUCGCCCUUUCACUUCAACAUCACCAAUAACAAAGAUCUGCUCGACCCUGCGAUCAAUGGGACAACGGGCAUCCUGAAAGCGGUCCACAAGUCAGCCAAAACAGUCAACCGCGUCGUGAUCACGUCAUCCUUUGCCGCCAUCUCGAACUAUAGCAACCCUCCCAAGGUGUAUACGGAAGAAAUCUGGAAUGACCAAACCAUGGAGGAGGCUCUGACGACGACCAAUCCACAGGCAGCAUAUCGGGCCAGUAAAAAGUUCGCGGAGAAGGCGGCGUGGGAUUUCCUGGAAAGCGAGAAGCCCAAUUUUACUCUGGCCACGCUGUGUCCACCCAUGAUAUACGGUCCAGUCCUGCAUCAAGUCAAGUCGCUGGAUGAUCUCAACACCUCUAGCGCAAGAAUGCUGAGACUCUACCAAGGUAUCCCACGAUCUGGGCCGGUGGGAUCGCCAAUGCACGUCGAUGUCCGCGACCUAGCUCUGGCCCACGUCCUCGCGAUCGAAAACCCCGAGGCCGCGAAUCAGAGGUUCCUGGUGGCUGCCCAAUUGGCGACGGAGAAGGAGCUUCGCGAUAUCAUCGAGAACAACUUCCCGGAGAUUAGGGGGAAGCUGCGUGACGAGGUGACGGACACGCUUCCACCAUGGAGCAUUGAUAACAGCAAAUCUGUUAACGUGCUGGGCCUCAAGUACAGGCCGCUCGAGGACACCAUUGUCGACACUGUCAAUUCCUUGAAGGCCCUUGGCGCUUAG